GGGGAAUGCUCCAAGCACACAAACAGCAAGGGUGCUGGAUUUCCUGGCCGAUGCAAUCGUUUGGGUUCGUGAUUGCGCACACACUCACGUUUGGAUGUGGCAUGGCUUGUGGUGCGAAGGUCGGAUCGGUGCAGCCGGUGAAUGUCGCAGAGCGCAGUCCAGACCAUCGUCUCCGCUCAUUCGUCUUGAUUUGUGUCACAGACAGACCGAACGACAGGCUCGGCGGAUGAUGUCUGGAGCAC